AUGAAUGGGAACCCGCGCUGCCAAGCCGCCAAACUGCAGGAGCCAAUCAUGGACAACGACCGACCAGAACGAGAACGACCUGCAAAACCACAACUCCCAGAACCCCGAAAUCACCUUCAUUUCGAUCCCUGGCAGUCAGCCUCAACAGGACACCAGCGCGCAGAUGAAGGCGGCAGUUUCCUCGGUUCAACCUCAUGGCGAGAUGCUCGCUCGGCAAAAUUGACCAUGCAGUAUCGAAGUGGGGAUUGCCUUCCAGGGCGGGGAACGGGACCGGGAACAGCAAGCAAGACCACGCAAAAGUCCACCCUUGUACCCGGUGCAUUCGAUGGAAAAUGCGCGUCCCAGUCACCGCCUAAAGCCCCCGCUUCCGGUAAAUGGGCUAUGGUAGCCGGGGAUGUGGCUAAGCGGAAUGAUCUCGGCGUUCGGGAUAUCCGGUCAUUUAUGGGUGUGAGCAAGAGGAAGGCCGUGGAUGAAUUCGAAAAGGAGACUAAGGCGGAGACGAAGAAGCCUAGGACUGUUGUUGGGGGGAACGGGAGUCUAAGUCCGGCUCUAUAUGCAAAGGAAAUGGACAAGGAAACGGAAAAGUCUGAAAUAGAAGACAACCCCCAACCCGAGUCCCGCUCUGGCACCGGCCUCGAUCUGAAAGCGACUUCACGUAUCUUCGCUGGUGUCUCGAUCUUCAUAAAUGGCUCUACGCUCCCCCAGAUAUCGGAGUACAAACUCAAACAUCUACUCGCUUCGAAUGGCGCCAAGACCUCCAUCUAUAUGGCCCGGAAGACGGUGACGCAUAUUCUCGUUGGACAGCCCAAUACCGGAUCUGGGGCUGGAACGGCUGUGUCUGGUGCAGGGGGAGGCCUUGCGGCGAGUAAGCUUCAGCAGGAAAUUGCCCGUGGGGGAUGGAAAGGUGUGAAGGUCGUUAGUGUGGACUGGGCUCUCGAGAGUAUCAAAGCUGGGCGUCGUCUUGCGGAGUCUCGUUUCCCUGGUAUGCAUGUUGCUGCCAAGGGGCAGCGGAGUGUUGCUGGUAUGUUUGGUGUGCAAGGGGUGAAGUGA